GCACUGUUACUGAAUUCCAAGAACCACACCACAACCAUCCAUUAUUAUCUCUCCUUUUCAUUUCCUUUUCCUUAAUUAUUUUUAAAAUCAACAAUUUUCAUUUUCUUUUUUCCUUUUUCUGCUUCCUUAUUGGUAGAGUUAUAACCCAUCUCUUGUCCCUCUCUCUCUCUCUAUCAGAGAGAGAAUGAAAACGUAGAGAGAGAAAAAAGAUAGAGUGAAUAUGUUAAUGUGUCACAAACCAAAACAGUGUACAAAAAGUAGCAAAUGCCAAAUGGUAGUAGUAGUGCAGUUAUAGUACCAUUGUUUUGUAGUGUGUAAGAAAGUAAAAGCACCCCUCAGCUCAACUAUAGUCGGAAAGUUGCUAUACUACAUAAAAGGCUCUCUAUUUUUUAGCUAAAGAUUGGAUUUUUAAGGGUUUUUGAUUGUGGGGUUCUGUUUAUUUCAUCUGGGUCAUCACCAAUUUCCUUGUAGCAGAUAUGGUUGCUUAGAGCUUUCUUUGGGUAUUGGAAAUUGGAAUUGGGUAUUUGUUUUUGUUCUGAAUAGAAGAAGAAUUUAAAGUUAAGAGUUUGAUCUUGGUUGUGGUUGGAUACACUGAAUUAUUGAAUUGGUGAAGACUUUUUGAUUUUUUUGUUUGGAAAUGGUGGUUGGUGCUGUUUGGUGAAUUGGGAAAAUUGUUAGAUAGAAAUAGUAAAGAGAGAGAUAAAGAUGGAGGCAGAGUCAAACAGAGGUUAUCAUAAUGAAGACAUAAAUUCAUCUAUGAGUAGACAUGCAAUAUCAUUUCAGCAUGGUGGUAUGAAUAAUAGCAUGUCAGAGAUGGUCCCAAUGGGUAAUUAUUUUGGGUUAAGUAGUUCAUCUGGGAUGAUGUAUCCUGGAAAUUCAUCUUUCAUCAACAGCAGCAGCAACCAGGUUGUAUGUCAACAAGGUGGUGGUGGUGGUGGUGGUGGUAAUCCAUCUAGCUCUUCUCUUCUUCUUGAUUCAGUCCCAGGGCUUAAGCAUGACACAGGGUUGGCUGUUGAAUGGUCUCUUGAUGAACAGUACAGAUUGGAGGAGGGCCUUGCUAAUUAUGCCAAUGAGCCAAGUAUCAUGAAGUACAUCAAAAUUGCUGCAGUGUUGCCUGAUAAAACUGUUCGCGAUGUCGCUUUGAGGUGUAGGUGGUUGACAAGAAAGCGAAGGAAAUCAGAGGAACACAGUACGGGGAAGAAGAUCAAUUAUAGAAAAGAUAAGCCGGUGGAGUUACCAUCACAAUCAAAUUUGCAUUCGGCACUGCCCCCAAGCAUGGGGUCAUAUUCUCACAUGUCACGCGUUAUGGGACAAAGUCAACGGACACUAUAUGAUGGAAUUUGUGGGCCCAUGAAGCAACUCAUGGAGCAGAAUGCUCAAGCUUUUAAUCAAAUCUCGGCCAAUUUAUCGACGUACAAGUUGCAGGAUAACAUUGACCUAUUUUGCCACACAAGGCACAAUAUUAAUACCAUUCUAAACGAUAUGAGUGAGAUGCCUGGCAUUAUGAGCCAAAUGCCGCCACUGCCUAUUGCCAUUAAUGAGGAUCUUGCAAGAAGUAUUUUGCCUAAUAGAACUUAGUGCAUCCAUUGUUGUAGAGAGGUUAGCAUCAUUCAUCGUGUGAAAGUCUUGGCCGCAACCGUUUUGGUGCUGCAUGCAAUGGAAGAGUCGGGGAGUAACUCACAAAUACACAUCUCAGGAAUUUCUUUCCAGUGAGAUUCUAAUCCAUCUUUUGAUCUUACUGUUCCCUGGUUUGAUUAUUUUCAUUUGAUACAAAACUUGGAACUCGUGUAUAAAUAAAUAAAUAAAUAAAUAAAUCUUCCUUGUAAGAAAAGAAAAUGAAAAUAGGAAAGUGAUUAAUAUAUUAAGGAUUUGAACUGAAUGCACAUUUAUAAAUUAUAGAUAUAUUAGAAUAUUGAUUGGAGUAUGGUACUAGUUUAUUGUAAGAUGUGAAGGAAACUCAUUAUUAUGUACAUAAUGUCUUUGUUAUGAAUUUAGCUUCUAUAAAAUAAAUAGUGAUUCAUUUUGAAGGA